CCUGCUUGACACACAGCAGCGCUGAGUGCAGCCUGCCUUGCCAGGGUCGGACUGAAGCUCAAGAAACGACAAGGAGAAGCGAACAUCUGGCCGCACAUCAUGAAAGGACGCCGGGGCUUCUAGGAGACAACACGACGAACGGGCCGGAACUGAAUGUUAUGAAGGAAGAAUGGAGUUCCCAGACCAUAGCCGCCAGUUGCUGCAGUGUCUGAGUCAGCAGCGUCACCAAGGUUUCCUCUGUGACUGCACUGUUCUUGUCGGGGAGGCUCGAUUCAAAGCGCACAGAGCCGUGCUGGCCUCCUGCAGCAUGUACUUCCAUCUCUUCUACAGGGACCAGCUGGACAAAAGGGACGUUGUGCAUCUCAACAGUGACAUUGUGACAGCCCCGGCUUUCAGUCUGCUCCUUGAAUUUAUGUAUGAGGGGAAGUUGGAAUUCAGCACUCUCCCGGUGGAGGAUGUCCUGGCAGCAGCCAGUUACCUCCACAUGUAUGAUAUAGUGAAAGUGUGUAAAGGCAAGCUUAAAGAUAAGGAACUCUCCUCUCUGGAUGAAAAGAUGAGUGAGGAUUUGGGACUCGGCUGCCUGGACAGGGAAAACUCCUCAGACAGCGAGCUGCACAGUAAGCAGCUCGUCCGGCGACAGCCCCAGACGCAGUCUCAGGGGCUACACAGGGCCCCCCCGGCAGAAGAGUUUGACAUGGACAACAGCGAAGUCAGGCUGGCUGUCACAGAUUGUGAUAGGUCUACACAGAGCAGGCAGAAGGCAAACGGUCACUCUGGCAGGUCCCCGGACCUUGUAGGUGUCAAUUAUGUGUCAGCAGAGGCCGAGCCCUGCGUCCAAACAGCUGGAAAAACAAAAGCUGAUGUCAGUAGUUCCACCGUAUCGCUGUCCCAGAGGUCCCGGGCUUCAGAUGACAUGGACUGUGCACUGGAUUUGUCUUUCAAGCCUCUGUCUAGCAGAGAUCCCUUACACCCCUCCUACGUCUCGGGACAGCUGGCCCUCGACAGCCAGCAGCAGGGCACUGAGCCACUUGUUAAAGACGAACACGACUUGCUGUCAGAGCAGGAGGACAGUGAGCCGAUGAGCCCUGAGAGCCAGCGCUUUGGGAAUAGUGCCAGGAGCUCAGUGGUGACAGGGUUCGCUGCCCUCUUCCCAGGCAACAACGGCUCCACAGCCGCCCUGCUCUCCCAGGAGGAGGACCUGAUGGACGAGGAGGGGGAGGCCUGCAGAGGGAGGGAGGGCACCCCAGGCAGGGAGGUAGAGGAGAGGAGGGGGAGGCUGCUGGGGGACAGCGAGGAGGAGGAGGAGGACGACUUGGCCUCUUCAGACAUCUCCACCUCCAGCGGGGUGCUCCUGCCCCCGGGGCAACAGGUGUGCGUGUGCCCCCUCUGCAGUAAAGUCUUCCCCAGCCCCCACGUGCUGCAACUGCACCUCAGCUCACACUUCCGCGAGAAGGACGGCGCUCGCUCCAAGCUGUCCCCCGACGGCUCGGUCCCCACCUGCAUGCAGUGCAACAAGACCUUCUCCUGCAUGUAUACCCUGAAGCGCCACGAGCGCACACACUCUGGCGAGAAGCCAUACACCUGUGGCCAGUGCGGCAAGAGCUUCCAGUACUCCCAUAACUUGAGUCGGCACGCUGUCGUCCACACGCGUGAGAAGCCUCACGCUUGUAAGUGGUGUGAACGGCGCUUCACCCAGUCUGGGGACCUCUACCGCCACAUCAGGAAGUUUCACUGUGGCCUUGUCAAGACUCUCGCCAUUGGAUAAAACACCUCUCAGCAGUGCCAUGACAUAAGACAGAAUGUCUUUUCAUAUACUGAAUACUACUCGGACUGAACAAUUUUCUCAUUAGCGUACACAUGUUGGCAGUUUGUUUGGAGACAUAUCUGUUGGAUUCUACCCCAUGUGGCAUUUCUCAAUUUAAAGAUGUAGCAACUUUAAAACUGGAGCUGUUUUCUGUGCAGCACUGUGUCAUAGGCAUACAAUGACGGAGGCGCCCAGGUAGCUCACCUGGUAGAACGUGCGCCCCGUGCCGUAGCGGCCCAGGUGCCGCUGCGUGUAGACCCCCACCUCUUUCCCCUUUCCCUGUCAAUAAAGGCAACAAAAUAAAAAAGCUCCAAAAAAAAAAUAGAAAAAAAAAUAGGCAUACAUGAUGGUCAGAGGAUGUUAGGUUAAACAUGGGUGCUGUGAAACUCGAGCUGGAUCUGUGUGGAUGGAGGUGAACGAAUCAGAUGAUGCACUUGCUUGUUUCUCUUUUGUUCGUGUCAGCCCGUUGAGUUUAUUUGAGCAGUGUAUUUGCUGGAAGCAUCACAUGUUCAUCCCCUGCGGGCAAAUGGGUGAUUGCUAAUGCUAACACGUUAAUACAAUCGUCAGAGUGAUUGAGACUUUAUUUGUGCACAUGGGAGAUCAGAACCGUCCGUGAGUAGCAAUAUAUGAUUUCUUCUUUAACUCCUACAUUAUUAUUAUUAUUAUUAUUAUUAUUAUUUAUUUUUUUCGGGGGGGGGGGAUUUGUUUAGUCCUUAACAAGUAAACUAUCAUAAGGCAGCAAAACUAAUGAAGUCUGACUACUGGAAGUGUAACUAUUUUUUCUUCAUGGAAGUAGAUUUUUUGUUUGGUUGAAAUGAAGUUUGAUGUUGUUUAUAACAAGAGGCGAGCAGCCGACCAUCAUAUCGCCAUAUUUCCUUUUUGCCUUGGGGAGAGCUCUUUAGUUGCUAAUGUGAGUGAGCACAUAUUGAUGGAAUGGCCUUCUAAUUGCUACUUAAAAAGAAGUUGUGUAAUCAGAGGAGGGGUGGAGAGUAGUUAAAAGCUAAUGCCUGUAACACUGGUGCCUACUGAAAUUCUUAACACUUCACCUCGUGUACUUACUUAAGCAAGAAUGAGAUAUAUUGCCAUGCCUUCUUGUCAAAUUCAGUGAGUUUUCAGGCCUUUUCAAAAAGAAAAAUCUGGAUUAUACUCCACAUACCAGGUGGUAACAAAGGUAAUGGUCUACUCUGGAAUGCCAGUUGAUCCACGAGUGUCCUUAAUUAAAUCAUCGAGAAUGUAACAAAAGUAUGUAAAUCAAGCUCUUGUCAGUUAAAAGUUAAGGUACUCAUUUGGGCUGAAAGCAAAGAGGAAAUUAUCUUGUUAUUACCUGGUGUGGCGUUUAGGGCAAACCCUCAGCCGGCAGACAGGUGGACGUUCAGUACUUUGUCGGCGUCUGUUGUUGGCGCUGUUUGUCCGUCAAAGCUGUGCUCCGCGUGCCAUUCAGACGGUUCUACUGACUCUUCUGUCUUUGAAUUAACCAUUUCACAUUAUCACAUCUUCUUACUGUGCGUAAGUUACUACUGAUGCAGUUGGAGCCUUUAGUGAUGCUGUCGUUGAAAAGAAUCUGUGGGCAGGAAAUGGAUUUUCCUCCAUCUGUUCACGUUGAUGCUACACAGAUUCUCGACGGGGGGGCGUUGGCACUAAAAGUCUGUGAUAUUUGUCUAAUCUGUCCUGAGAAGACUUGAUCAGAAUUUAUUUAUUAGUUUGACUUGGUUCAGGGUUUACUGUAGGUGUAGUCCUUAUUUCUAUAAGCUUAAAAGACAUCGCGUCUUGCCUAGCGAUCUUGGUACUCAUUAACUGGUGUCGGGGCUGUCUGUUCAUUUUCUCUGUGCAAGUCGAGUUACUGUAAUUGUAAUUUAAUAUACAGUGUAGAAAUCUCUGCAUUUGAAGAUUUGUCACAUGGAACAUAGAGAAGCACUUGUUUUUAGCAUGCAUUUAGUUUCAACACUAUUGUCUAGGCUGCUAUUUCUUACUUUAUGUAUAUUUAAUGUAAAUAUAUAUUCUAUUUAUCAAGCAGUUUUUUUUCUGUGUUACCACACAUGCAAGGUUGGACAGAGUCAGGUGUCCUAUUGAGGCCGCAGUCUCUUCAAGUGUCACGUCUUCCCAAGGGAGUUUGGUUCCUUUCCCAUAUUCAAGACUCGAUUGGACUCACUACAAAUCAGAGCAGUUAAUACCUCUCUGAGUGCUGUUCUGCCACAGGAGACAGUUGUUCACAAGCGCGGCCACACUGAUACGGCAUUGGCUACCUAUAGAAAUGAGACAAUAGAGGCAUUGUGCCCCCCCUACUGAGUCCCAGGUAGUCCUCAAGGGAUCAUUGUGUAUCUCCCUCCUAGACGUAGGGAGGAAAAGGCAGCGCAAGUCUCUCUUUGCACUUUUCUGUAUUGAAUGGAGCCAUUGGAAUGUGAGAAAUGUAUUUAGCAAAGGGAGACCAAGGACACUGUAAACAGGUGUAUUGUUUGGAGGCAUCAAAGAACAGCCCCCCAAUCCCAGCAUGCAAUAGAUAAAUGCUUCAUUGUUCCUCUACAUGGAGGAGGUACCACAGUGAUUUGAUUGCACAUCUAUCAAGAGAAUAUCAGCAUACUCAGAGUAUUGUUUUCCACAUGCUUGAUUUAGGAAGAUUGCUGAGAUUUACAGUAAAACGUCUGACAACUGUGACGAUGGAGGUCAGAUGUAGGUGCUGACCACCUCUCCGUUUCACCACACUCUCGUGUUUUUCUUUCUCGUCUUUUACGUUCAUCGCCGAGACUCCUUUCAGGACGCAGAAACGAACUCACAUGUGAUUUCUCUGCAUUUGCAAUGGGUUUGUCAGAAUUGCAAAUGGAGGAGCCCGAAUUGAGAAGGAAACAGACCAUUUCUCUCAGAAUUACUGCAGUCGUGUUUUCACCCCCCCCCCCCUCCCUGACCCGGCGGGGCUCGGGUGAACGAGGCCUGUGUGUGAUUUGACAAGAAAUGUGGUUUGGCUCCCUGUUUACUUGCGCAAAACACUCCUGUCGUUCCAGUUGAAUCACUUCGGUUAGUCGUCAGAACAACACUGUAGAUAUAUUUCAGAUGCGUAGAUGUUGUGUAGUGUUAAUAAUGUAUAUUUCAAUCAGAACACAGGAAUGUAGAUUUGGUCACUAUUUCAGUUUUUUAAAGGAGCAUUUCUUAUGUGGUGCAAAUUAAUUUGAUUCUCUAAUGUACAUGUGUACAGAGGUAGAAAAACUAACGAUAUGUGAAGAAUUGUUUCUUUUUAUUGUUUGCAGUCUUUAUUUAUACCUCCAGGAUGAUCACCAAAUGUGCCUUGUAGACACACGGAUAGGUGUUGCAUCUGGAGAAGCCCUUUUUCUAUAUUGUACAUUUUGCCCUGGACUGCGGUGGCGAAGUUCCCAUCGCAGCAGAGGCCCACUGAAGUGAUUCACAACUGUUGUUCCUGUUUUUCUAUCAUAUCAGAAAUGUUAAAUCAGACAAACUAAAAGUUUAAAGUCCAUUUAUUUUUGCUGCUUUGCGAGAGAUUACGUUGACUUUUUGAGAUUUAUUUGACCAUUUUCGUUGAUGUGAAUUAAUCUGUUGUGGAAGUGUUCAACUGAAGACAAGCAUUUUUGUGACUUGGCUGUUAGUAGCCAACACUACUGGGAACUAACAGUCCAGUCCUUAGUUAAUGUCACUGUUGAAUGUGAAACACUGAGAUGUUGAUUGUCGACUUCUGUGGAAACAGCGCUACUCUUGAUCGAGGGCUAUGUUUGCCCAACUCAUGCUGUAUGAUCUUUAAGUCUAAAAAAUGACUUUACUGAUACUGGAAUUUUGUCCUCAGCAGGUUACAACUGUGAAAUUGUGUAUAAUCAUGAGAAAUAUUUAUUAUUGCCUUUGCUUCUUGUGCAACAUUUGACUGUCUCAGUUUUAAUUUGGUAAAAAAGAAAAAGAAAAAAGCUUCUAAAUGUCAAACGAAAAUCUUUUUAAUAGAAUUUGUAGAAGUGCCAUUAGAAUUUAAUAUAAUUUUUUAAUAAGAAAGGUAUAUUUUAUAGUAAUCAAUUGCUUCAGUGUUAGUGGUGUAGAGAUUAGAGGACAAUCUUUAUGCAGAAUUGACAUUGAAAUUAGAUACUGAGGCAAUUUACUUUGAUCUAUAACUGUAUGUGCAUUUUCCUUGUUUGCGCUUUUGGAGUGUGCUUGUGUGUGUGUGCCGUGGAAAUGUGACAAUCUUGAUUUAGGUCUUUCGUAAGAUUAUGCAUAGAAUUAAA